AUGAAAUUAAAAGAUAUUACAAAAUUUGAAAAACUUAAUCCAGAAAUUCCAGGUAUUAAUGUUUUUUCAGUUAAUGAAAACAAAAUUUUUUAUCCUUUGAGAAUGGCAGAGAGAGAUUGUUUAAAUACUAUUGAUUUAUUUUUGUACGAAGAAGAUGGAGUUUCACAUUACACACUAAUCAAAAAUUUUCAUCGUUUGAUUAAGUCUCAAAAAACUAAAAGUCUUAAUGGCCAAAUAUUUAUUUGUAAAAGGUGUUUUACACAUUUCGCUCAAGAAGAAUUAUUACAAAAACAUAUCUUAUACUGUUCAAAUAAUGAAACAGUUUCUGUAAAAAUGCCAGAAGAAGGUACAAUGUUAUAUUUCAAAAAUUAUGAAAAGCAACUUCCAGUUCUUUUUGUAGUUUAUGCAGAUUUUGAAUGCUUUACUAAAUCAAUAAAUACUUGUACUCCUAAUCCAGAAAAAUCUUAUAGUUGCAACUAUCAAAAACACGAACCAUCAGGAUUUUGUUUUUACAUUAAAGGAAUAGUUCCUAAUAAAUCAUUUAAACCAAUUAUUUACACAAAGACUAAUGAUAGUGAUAAUGUAGCAUCAAUAUUUGUUAACAAACUUUCAGAAGUAACAAAAAGUAUAUAUAAUGAUUUUUAUCGCCGUCCAAAACCACUUAGAUUAAAUAAAGAGGAACAAAAAUCAUUUGAUAAAGCGGAAAUUUGUCAUAUUUGUAGUACAGAAUUAAAAGAAGAUAAAGUAAGAGAUCAUUGUCAUUUUACCGGAAAUUAUCGUGGAGCAGCACAUAACAAGUGUAAUCUUAUGUGUAAAAAACCAAGAAUACUACCAGUUAUAUUUCACAAUCUUCAAGGUUAUGAUGCUCAUUUGUUUAUAAAACAACUUGCUUGUUUACCAGGUGAGUUAAAUUGUAUUCCAUCUACGGAAGAAAAAUAUAUUUCCUUUUCAAAAAGAUUAAAGUUGGUGAGUAUAAAGAUAAAUAUAUAGCGGAAUAACUUUACCAAUAAAUUUUGAAAUAAGAUUUAUAGAUUCAUUCAAGUUUCUUCAAACAUCACUUGCCAAUCUUGUUUCAAAUUUACAACCAGAUGAUUUCCUUAGUACAAAACAAGUAUUUAAGAAGGAUGUAAAAUUAUUAACUCGAAAGGGAGUUUAUCCAUAUGACUAUGUUUCAUCACUCGAAAAACUAUCUGAAACACAAUUACCACCAAAAGAAGAAUUUUAUUCAAAACUGAAUGAUGAAGAUAUAAGUGAUGAUGAUUAUCAACACGCUAUUAAUGUUUGGAAUACUUUUGAGUGUAAAACAAUUAGAGAUUAUCACGAUCUUUACCUAAAGUCUGAUGUCCUACUUUUGGCAGAUGUAUUUGAAAACUUUAGAAAAACUUGCCUCAAACAUUACAACCUAGAUCCAGCACAUUAUUACACAUCUCCUGGACUAGCUUGGGAUGCAUGUCUUAAAGAAACAGGUCAAAAAUUACAGUUAUUACAUGAUUAUGAUAAGUUAAUGAUGUUUGAGCGUGGUAUUCGUGGAGGAAUAUCCCAUAUAUCAAAAAGAUAUGCAGAAGCAAAUAGCAAAUAUAUGAAAGAUUAUAAUCCUGAUAAAGAGUCUACUUAUAUUCAAUAUCUUGAUGGAAAUAAUCUAUACGGUUGCGCAAUGUCACAACAACUUCCUACACAUGGAUUCAGUUGGAUGAAAAAUAUAACAAAAGAAAAAGUGAUGGACAUCCUAGAUAAGGCAAAUCAUAGUAUGUCAAAUCGUGGAAGAAAAGGUUAUAUAUUUGAAGUUGAUUUGGAAUAUCCUAAAAAGCUAUGGAAAUCACAUAAUGACUAUCCUCUUGCACCUGAGAAGAUGAUUGUUAAUGGUGUUGAAAAACUUAUUUGUCAUUUUAAACCCCGAAAAAACUAUGUUGUACAUUAUCGUAAUCUUAGACAAUAUCUUGAGAUGGGAAUUAGGCUUACUGCUGUUCAUAGAGGAAUAUCAUUUUACCAAUCUUCUUGGAUGGAGCCUUACAUAAGAAAAAAUACAGAACUUCGAAAAACAGCAGCUAACAGUUUUGAGAAAGACUUUUUCAAACUAAUGAAUAAUAGCGUUUUUGGAAAGACAAUAGAAAACAUAAGGAAAAGACAGAAUAUAAUUCUUAUUGAUGAUCGUAAAAAAGCUGCAAAACUAACAAGUCGUCCAAACUUUGAUAGAGCAACAAUAUUUGAUAAAAAUUUAAAUGCAGUUCACAUGAAAAAAACAGAAGUUUAUUUUAACAAACCAGUAUAUGUUGGUCAAGCAAUUUUAGAUUUAUCAAAAACAUUAAUGUUUGAUUUUCAUUACAAUUAUAUCAAAAAGAAAUAUAGAGACAAAGCUGGUAGACAGAUUACAAAAUUUAUUGGUCUUCGGCCAAAGCUUUAUACUUUCAAGAUAGAGGAUGGGAGUUUAACCAAGAAGUGUAAAGGUGUAAAAAAGAGUGUUGUAAAAAAGAGAAUAGAUUUUGAAAAUUAUUUUGAGUGUUUAUUUACCGGUGAAAAGCAAAUGAGAACUAUGAAAAUCAUAAGAAGUGAAAAUCAUGACAUUUACUCAAAGGAAAUAAAUAAAAUAGCUUUGAGUAGUGAAGAUGAUAAGCGGAAGGUCUUAGAGGACAAAGUAAAAACCCUUGCUUUAAGAUAA